UUUUAAACAUCAAAUGUAAGAUGUACAUAAAUCACUUUGACUUGCAUUACACGCGUAAAUUUAAUGCGUAAAGUCAUUAAGUAUAAAAAAAGAGGAAUUAAAUUUUACAUAAAAUUGUGUAAUUACAUGAUAAGUUAGAAAUUGUUAAACAACAAUGAAUUAUCGAUAUAUUUAUAGUACUUUUAUGAUUGGAAUGAUGUUUCGCUUAACAAGGGGGCAUAGAGAAAUACUUUUUGAUUUUACAACUGUAGAAAAUCUGGAUAAUUGGAAAGAAAUAUCUGAUACUGUUAGAACAGUAGGAAAAUCAAAAGCUGCUUUAGUAUUACAAACAACACAAGUUUUCCAACAUGCUGUAUUAUUUACUCUAUUAAAUCCACAACCAAAUGGUGCAGGAUUUGCAGGGAUACGUACAAUGACUAAUUUAAAUUUGUCUAAUUUUGAAAAUAUUGAUAUCAAUUGCCGAGGUCAAGGCAAUAAUAGUCAUUACAAAGUUGUUCUUAGACACAAGGGUCUUCAUUCAAAUGAAGACAUAACAUAUGAACAAUUUUUUAUGGCACCUAUGUCAGAUACUGAUUUCUCAACUGUAACAUUGCCUUUGAUAAAUUUUAAACCAUAUUAUCGUGGACGUGAAGUACCCGAUGCAGAACCAUUAGACACGGCAAUUAUCACAAUGUUUGGUCUACAAGUGUAUGGUGGGGUUUAUUUAUCAAUUAAACAAAAAGGUGUAUCAGCAUUAGAAAUAGAAAAUAUUUCUGUAUCAUAAUUAAUGUAUGAACUAAAUUUAUUGUAUUUUGAAUACUUCGUGACAGCAUGUACUGUAUAAGAGGUAAUAAAACAUACACAAAUGUA